GGUUAGCGAGAGAAAAGAUGGCGGACUGAGUCGUCCGUCAUCGCGUCGAAGACUGACUUUUAUAAAAGUCCGCUUUUGUCUUCGAUCUAACAUCUACUUCUUUAGUUAAAUAGACUCAUUGAAGAUGUUGUCUUUGGUCUAACAUCAACUACUUGAAUUAAAUACACUCAUUGUGUCACAUCGAAGCUCCUCACACCUGCUUAGCUGCUAACGAAGACACGGAGAAGUUAGCAGAGAUGACAAAACAUCAACUUGUGUCACACUGAACAGAAGUCCGCGAGGAACAUCUUCUUCCUGAGUGUAGCUCUGUGAUGGAGCGGGAGGAGUCAGAGCCCACCUACAUUAAAGAGGAGGAGUCAGAGCCCGCCCACAUUAAAGUGGAGGAGUCAGAGCCCGUCCACACUAAAGAGGAGGAGUCAGAGCCCAUCCACACUAAAGAGGAGGAGUCAGAGCCCGUCCACACUAAAGAGGAGUCAGAGCCCAUCCACACUAAAGAGGAGGAGUCAGAGCCUGUCCACACUAAAGAGGAGGAGUCAGAGCCCGUCCACACUAAAGAGGAGGAGUCAGAGCCCAUCCACACUAAAGAGGAGGAGUCAGAGCCCGUCCACACUAAAGAGGAGGAGUCAGAGCCCACCCACAUUAAAGAGGAAGAGGAGGAGCACAGCAUCAGUCUGGAGGCGAGUGUCCCUGUGAAGAGUGAAGAUGAAGAUGAAGAUGAAGAAGAAGGAGACGAGAUGUCAGACAGCGAGGACAGAACAUCACUUUCUGACGAUGAAGACCCUCAAGGUCACGUCAACAACACCCGCUUGAAGUGCUCUCAGUGUGACAAAAGCUUUAGUUGCAAGAAGUACCUUCGAGGACACCUGAGGAUCCACACCAGGGAGAAACCCUUCAGCUGCUCCUUCUGCGGCAAGAGAUUCAAACUGAAGGAACACGUCACCAGUCACAUGAGGAACCACGUGGCGGAGAAACCCUUUUCCUGCGCCGUGUGCAAGACCAGCUUCAGCGUGCCCUCGGCGUUGGCCAUGCACAUGAGGACGCACACGGGGGAGAAACCCUACAGCUGCCCGGCGUGCGGGGAGAAAUUUUCCCAAAAGGGGAACCUGAAGAGACACUCCAGGACGCACUCGGGGGAGAAACUCUUCGACUGCUCCGUGUGCGGGAGACACUUCUCUCAGAAGGGCCACUUGAUGUCGCACGCGCGGACACACACGGGCGAGAAACCCUUUUCCUGCUCGGUGUGCAGCACGCGUUUCAACGUCAGGUCGGCGCUGGUGAGGCACGUGAGGACACACGCUCGCCAGACUUCCUCACAAAAAUGCUGACAACAACAAAGCAGUAUCACCUACACACUGAUAACAGCUAUCCAGUAUCACGCUGAUAACAACUAAGCAGUAUCACCUACACACUGAUAACAGCUAUCCAGUAUCACCUACACACUGACAACAGCUAUCCAGUAUCACGCUGAUAACAACUAAGCAGUAUCACCUACACACUGAUAACAGCUAUCCAGUAUCACCUACGCACUGACAACAGCUAUCCAGUAUCACGCUGAUAACAACUAAGCAGUAUCACCUACACACUGAUAACAGCUAUCCAGUAUCACGCUGAUAACAACUAAGCAGUAUCACCUACACACUGAUAACAGCUAUCCCGUAUCAUGCUGAUAACAACUAAGCAGUAUCACCUACACACUGAUAACAGCUAUCCAGUAUCACCUACACACUGAUAACAGCUAUCCAGUAUCACGCUGAUAACAACUAAGCAGUAUCACCUACACACUGAUAACAGCUAUCCAGUAUCCCGCUGAUAACAACUAAGCAGUAUCACCUACACAGAUAACAACUAACCAGUAUCACCUAGACACUGAUAACAGCUAACCAGUAUCAUGCUGAUAACAACCAACCAGUAUCACCGACACACUGAUAACAACUAACCAGUAUCACCUACACACUGAUAACAGCUAACCAGUAUCGUGCUGAUAACAACUAACCAGUAUCACCUACACACUGAUAACAGCUAACCUGCACAGUGCUGAUAACAACUAACCAGUAUCACCUACACACUGAUAACAACUAACCAGUAUCACACUGAUAAUAACUAACCAGUAUCACUUACACACUGAUAAUAGCUAACCAGUAACAUGCUGAUAACAACUAACCAGUAUCACCUACACACUGAUAACAGCUAACCAGUAUCACGCCGGUAACAACUAACCAGUAUCACCUACACACUGAUAACAACUAACCAGUAUCACCUACACACUGAUAACAACUAACCAGUAUCAUGCUAACAAUUAAUGAGUACCACACUGAUCAUUACUAACUAGUAUCAUGCUGAUAACAACUAACCAGUAUCACCUACACACUGAUAACAGCUAACCAGUAUCGUGCUGAUAACAACUAACCAGUAUCACCUACACACUGAUAACAACUAACCAGUAUCACGCUGAUAACAACUAACCAGUAUCACUUACACACUGAUAAUAGCUAACCAGUAACAUGCUGAUAACAACUAACCAGUAUCACCUACACACUGAUAACAACUAACCAGUAUCACCUACACCAGGGGUCGGCAACCCGCGGCUCCGGAGCCGCAUGCGGCUCAAUGACCACUCUGAUGCGGCUCAGCUACAUACAUGCCGACCCCCCCUGAUUUUACCAGGAGAUUUAUGGAUGUCAGUGUCUCUCAUAGAUUACUCCCAGGGAAAAAAUAAUCCUAUUUACACUCUAAUUACCAAACAAAAGGGCGUGCCCUAAUUGCACUGCAGUAAUUGUCCUCUAUAGCAUUUACAUACAGCAUGCCAGUCCAGCCACAUGUUGCAUGUUGUUAUUACUUGCACACACAGGAGACAGCAAAGCAUACUUACUCAUCAGCCACACAUCUUACACUGACGGUGGCUGUAUCAAACAACUUUAACAUUGUUACGUUACAAAUAUGCGCCACACUGUGAACCCACACCAAAAAAGAAUGAAAAACACAUUUCUGGAGAACAUCUGCACUGUAACAUAACAUAAACACAACACAACCAUUACCCAGAAUCCCAUGCAGCCCUAACUCUUCCGGUCUGGAUUAUACACCCCGCUACCACAA